AUGAUGGCCACAGCGGGAGUGAUUGGAUUAGCCAUUGGGAAGAGCCUCCUGGGUACUUCCUUCUACCCCUCCGACCUGACCGAGAGGCUGUCCUAUUCUUCGGACCACUGCUCCGGGCCAAUCUCAUCUGCUUCUACGAGGACUGCCAUAGUCGCGAAGAAGGAACCCAACUUCAGCCAGAACGCCGCUUCUAAUCGGCACACGCCGCCUGCGAAGGCGCUCAAGGAGUACGUCGACGCCCCCCCCUCAACGACCGACUCAUGGUUCCAGAGGCCCGGCUCCUCCGACGAGGAUGGGGACAUCCAUGUGGAGUCGUCAAUGGAGCUCCUGCUGCUGCUGCAGAAGUCCAUGCUGGAGAAGCAGUGGGAUCUCUCCGUGGAAAAGACUGGAAAGAAUUUCGAGCCGCCAAGUGUUACCCGCUCUGGCCAAUCAGCCCGGCAGAGGAGGGCAAGAUCAAGGAGAAGGCACAUGAAUCUGGGCGUUGGGUCUUCGAGCAGAUGGACAGAGCCUGUCCCACCCAGUGUGAGCCCCGAGCUGUUGCAGAGCCGAAUCAGAGGGUACGUCAGGGGUAGAGCGAGUGAGGACUUGCUCAGCCAUGCCGAAGUGGUGAACCUCUCGCGGAAGAUCAAAGCGGGCCUAUCUUUAGAGGAGCAUAAAUCGAAGUGAGUACCUUGGCUAGUCGAAUUUCUCUUCCUAGUUAACCUCCUUAGCAUGCCCCCAACCGAUCGCUGCUGCUGAUUGGCCGCUUCUCUGCCCUUUUAUAGAUUGAAAAACGUUGGUAAAUUAAGGCAGGGCAAGCUCCACCAGAUGGGGAGAAAAUAAAGUUCAUGACGGCAACCUUAUUAUAUCUCCGGUCAUAUUAGCUGAUUGGCUUGUGAGCAACUAUCCAAAGCCUAUUCUGGGUCUGUGGUUCUGAUAGUGAAAAACAGCUCUAUGUUAUGGUAGAUUAAUAUGGUGUCGUCUUUUAAGGCCUAGAAUGUGACCUCAUCUGAUCCAUCUUACCUUGUUUGAUUGAGGAUUACCUCUUAUGGAUCACCUUAAGCUACGAACAAUGUAACAAUUCACAAUGCAUCCAGACUUUUGCAAUUUUUAACUGCUACCCAUUAACAGGUUCUGCUGUUUCUGUCACGGUUUGUUCCAGAGGCCUCUCGUCAAAGCUUCCAUUUAGAUCCUCAUCCUUUGAAUCCUCGACAUGUAGAAUAUUUACAUGCUUUCCCUUUCCUUCAGGAUUUGACUGUGUUAGUUGGUGAAACAGGCUAAAGGAAAAGCUGGGCCACGAGCCAUCAGACAAGCAGCUCGCAAUGUCACUGAAGAUUCCUCACGUGGAGUUACACUCUAAGAUGAUUGAGUACUCUCUGGCAAGAGAGAAGCUUGCGAUGAGCAAUGUUCGCCUUGUCAUGUCGAUCGCCCAAAAGUAUGACAACAUGGGUGCUGAGAUGCCCGACCUCAUCCAGGUAGCCCUUCCCUUUUCCUUUUUCCCCCCUGGACCUAUCAAAGGCCUUGUGCUUGUUGUGCUUCAGGGCAUUAACCACUGACUCCUUUUUCUUCAUCAAUGCAGGGAGGCUUGAUUGGACUGCUCCGUGGGAUAGAGAAAUUUGAUUCUUCCAAGGGCUUCAGAAUCUCAACAUAUGUGUAUUGGUGGAUUCGUCAGGUAGAUCAUCAGUUUCUGGAUUUCAGUCUCUUGGGUUGUAGAUUCUCUGUCCAUUUUUCUAGUUUGUUCAUCGAGCUCAUUGCCUCCUCUGAUUCCCUUCUGCUAUGAUGAGUCGGUAGAAGUAUUCUUGCUUGAGAUGGCAUAUACAAUUUUAUACCCAUUCUGCUCUGUUUUCUUGUUUGAAUGCGUUGAGUUUGGAUGAUGAGGAUAAAAUUUUCUGUGCCGACCGCUGUUCUCUCAGGGAGUUUCUAGGGCACUGGUCGAGAACUCCAAAAUCCUGAGGCUGCCCUCACACUUGCACGAGAGGCUUAGCUCCAUUCGGAGUGCGAGGAUCUUAUUAGAAGAGAGAGGGAUCUCGCCAACAAUCGAUGUAAGUCGGCUACUGUGAUCCGACCAUGUCAUGCUCCCAUAUAUUUCCUCAAUGUGGGAUUUUUGUCCAACCUUCCAACAAUCAAGUUAACGCAUUCACUCUGAAGCCCGAAAAACUGUAUCCCUACUCGUCUUGUAUUUUCUAUCAGUUCAUGAUAGCAAAUUGAUAAUUGUCGCACCCCUUCAUGAUCGAGCCUCUGUUCUUGAAAUUGUGCAGAAGAUUGCAGAGUGUUUGAACAUGUCAACAAAGAAAGUGAGGAAUGCCACUGAGGUAAACAUUUUCUCCUUUGCUAAAUUUGCGACUGAAAAUAAAUAAAUAAGUAAAUAUUCAUCUCUUCUUUUUUUUUUUAACAUCACGCCGUAUCUCCUGUGACUAAUCCUUCACCAAUGUUGACACAGGCUGUCAGCAAGGUCUUCUCCCUGGAUAGGGAAGCAUUCCCCUCUCUGAACGGCCUUCCAAAUGAAACUCUUCACAGCGUAUGUAUAUCCAGAAAUAGAAGAUAUCAGGCUGGAAACUUGUUACAUGAUAAUUAGGGAGAUCUGAUCUCUACGUUCAUUUUCAGUAUAUUGCAGAUAACUGCCUGGAGAACAUCCCAUGGCAUGGAGUUGACGAAAGGUCCCUCAAGGUAACAGGCUACAAUGCCGCAUUUAGUCUGGUACAACAAUAAAGUAUUGUGUAGAAAAUAACCCAAGUCAAAUCUCAACGGUUCACAGGAAGAAGUCAAGGACCUUCUUUUCACAACACUGAAUGAACGGGAGAGGGACAUCAUCAGCCUCUACUACGGCCUGGAGAGAGAGUCCUGCUCGUGGGAGGACAUUAGCCGGCAGUAUGUUGUACAGGCAGCUUUGUAAUUGAUAGCGUCCCUCUGAGAACUCACCUAAUGCCAGUCGCUCCGUGAUCUCUGCAGGAUCGGGUUGUCGAGGGAGCGGGUCAGGCAGGUUGGGCUUGUGGCCAUGGAGAAGCUAAAGCGUGCAGCAAGGAGGAGAGAGCUGGACGCUAUGCUGGUGAAGCACUGA